GGAAGUGUUGCUCACCGGCCGAUUUAGUGCGUCGGAGCGCCCUUGGUGUAGCGGUAGGAACGAGCGCUUGGAGUGAAUGGCCGAGGGGCAGCCAUGGGUCGCAAGAAACUUUACCGCCCAAUUGCGGCUAUGGCCAAGAAGAUCCGUGAGUAUCGGGCUCUGAAGAAUAAGCCUCGAGACUCCCAGCGCUUCGCUGUGGACUAUGAGACCAUGAUCCGGCCCUUCACAGGCAAGCGCCUGCCCGUGUUGGCCUGGGAGGAUGUGAGGAAUGAGAACCGGCUCUUCACUCUGCUCUGCCAGCUGAAACACUUUGGCCUGGGGCGCAUGGUCACACGCAAAUCCUGGAUCUGGCAGUAUGAUGAGCCUUGUUACUGGGUCAUCACCAAGGUGAAGGUGGAUUACACAGCCGAGAAUAUGGAUCAUGGAAAAGCCUGGGGAUACUUGACAUUCAGAGGCAAGACAGAAGAGGAGGUGAAAGAAAUCGACAAGGCCAUGUACCACGACUGGCGCAUGGUGCCAAGGCACGAGGAGGAGGCCUUUAAGGAAUUUACGCCUGUGGAGGUGGAAACUGUUCGGUACGUCCUCUAUCCACCAUUGCUGCGGGCCAUGAUCCUUGCGCAGAGGCAGAAGGAGGGUAAACAGAUCACAGAAGAGCCCAUGAUCGAUUUGGAACGACCUUAUUUCUUCCCACAGGAAUACUUCAGAAGUGCUGAGAAGCCAGCUGAGGGGACCCCAGUGUGAGGACCCCAGGGACCCUGUGUUGGUUUUCUCAGUUCUUUAUAUUUAUUUUCCAUUUUCAGGAAAAUUACACUUACAGAGCAAUCAAGUAUCUUUAAAAGAAUGUAUUAUGGUAAAUCUCAGGGUGCAGAAUCUUCCUUCGAGAGGUUAACCCUGUGAUGAUUUCACUGAGAUUAGGAUCGCACCAGGAAUAACUCAAUUUCAAGGCACAUAUUUUUGUUUUCAGAAUCUUUUAACGGUCAGCAGUUUUGCAGUAGCUAACACAUGUAAAACAUAAUUCUACUUUUUUGUUUUAAUGUGUGUGUGGGGGUGUUAUUUUAGUUGCACCUUUCAGAUGUGCUAAUAAAAUUAAUUCCAGCUCUUUUA